UCAACGAAAUUUCCCUAAUAACUUUAAUGGCUAAGCGCGUGAAAUUCCAGCGCCUGGCGGAGAUGCAGCCCACGAUGACCCACUUCGCCGCCGUGGCGCUGAUCGUCUCCAAAUCCUCGCCGAAUAUCUUCUACGACAAGAUGAGUGGCACCGAACGCGGAUGCCUCACUCUGACCAUCCGGGAUUCACCCAAUCACCUGACCAACUGCAAGUUGUGGGGUCAGCGGGCCUGCGUGGAUGAGUACGCGGCCAUGCUGCAGAUCGGCCAUGUGGUGGACAUAGUGGGAGCCAAGGUGAUGACCAUUCCGAAGGUUCCGCCGGGCGAAAGGCGCUAUCAGCCGCAGGCGACGCUUCCCUGCGCCCUGGUGGUCAACGAGGGAUCCGGCUAUGUGGUGCGACACGACGGCAAUGACUCGGAUGGCAGGAUGAAGUACCUGGCCCAGCUGCUCCAUCAUCCCGUCCAGCCCCUGGGCGCCGUGCUCAAGCUAUCGGAUGUCCGUUUGGGGCUAGGAAACCCCGAGCAGAUGGUCCCCGCCCAUGUGAACCUACUGGUGGUCGUGGCUACCGUGCGUCCAGUGCGUCGGAUCAAGCGAAAGCUCACCCAGGAGGCGCUGCAAUGCCUGGAGGUGAUUGUGUUCGAUGCCAGCUAUCCGGAGGGCAUGCUCCUCUCCAUUUGGCAACCGGAUUGGAUACGCCGUGCCCAGCAGUGGGAGCCACGCGGCACGGUGCUUCACCUGGUCGAUGUGCGGGUCUCUUACUCGGACUUCCAUCGCUGCCCUGUGCUCGCCCACUCCAACUGCACGCUCAUCUGCGAGCAGCCCCAGGCGGCUGGCGAGGAUUGCCGUUUGCUGCUGGCCUUUGCCGCCACUGUGCCGCCCCAGAGCUUCGAUGGCAGCGCCCAGGCGGAGCUGGACAACCUGCCGGCAGCCAGCAGCAUUCAGGCCCAGAUGACCGUCAGGCAGUUGUAUUCCCGAGCGGAGGGCGAACUGCAGGAAGCUUCCGCCAUUCAGUUCACUGCUGUGCUCUUUGGCAUGGUCACCAAGUUCGACCUGGAUGGAUUGGCCUGCCAUGUCAACAGAAAGUGCACCGUUUGCCUGCGACUCAUUCCAAAAAACCGCGAGGAUUGCGCCGGGGAAGCCUGUCAGAUGGAAUUCGUGCUGGGCAGCAAUGGCCCUCGAUACACCAGCCACUUCAACAUUAACAUUCACUUGACCGACCAGACGGGCACCCUGAUCGAGACCCGUUUGGCUGGCGGUCCGGCGGAGAGGAUCCUGGGCAUCCGAGCGGAGGACUUCGAGCAGCUGGCGGAGGGCGACAAGAGCCAGCUGAAGUGGCGCUUCCUGCUGAAAUAUUUCGAGGCUAGAUUGCUGGUCAAAAAGCCCGCGGGAAUGCGCAAAAAUCUCGUAGUUGUGGUGGUGGAUAUGCAAACAAUUCCACUGGAAACGCUGGUCGAGAAGUUGGCCAUUUUCUAGUAGUAAUGAAAAGACUGGUCGAG